GCUUUUCCGUAUUUAACUGUUCAAUCGUCCAUGGUCGGUUGUCCCUGGGUUGCAUAGAACCAGUUGAGAGAUGACCCAGAAGAGGAAAUCCGCCGACUUCACUGCUUUGGAGGAAAGCGAUAGAACACUCAAUUGCACCUUCUGUAGCACUGCCAAUUCUCUGUCUCAACUUUAUGCUCAAGGGUUCCAUCAGCAGAAGUUUUUAUUUCACGCUGGGGAGCGACAUGCUUUGGAAAAACUUAAUGAAUGGAUAUUGAUGAGGCAACAAGGAGGAGUGAGAGACACAGCAGCAGAUAUUGUAGCAUAUCUUCAGAAUGAGCUUGACAAUAGAGUGGAAGUGCCAUAUUUGCCCGUACCUGAGCAGCAACAACAUCUCUAUAUAAAUGCUAGUUUACCCUUGUCAGCUCCAGGAACCCAGAUGCAGGAGGGAACAUUCUUGGUAGCAACAGAUCAUCUGGGUUUUCCAGUGGACUUCAAUAUGGACCAAGCCAAGAAUUCUGCCUCCUCCAAUAAUGCUCCAUCCACUCCUGUCAAGGGGAGUAUUCCCUUUGAAGUUGCGGGCUAUUCAGAACUAUUGGCACAUUGCAUGCAAAUCAAGGAUCAAGAAUUAUGAGCGAAUGAAAACCGUGUUAACAGUUUCACAUAUUGUUGAUAAGUUCAUCGGACAAGCUUCUUUUUAUGUAUCCAGGUAUUCUGUUGAUGCGUUCUUGAGUGCUGGAUUUUUUAAUUUAUUGACUUUCAGGUGUCAGAUUGCUGAUUUUCCAGAAAUAACUUGAACGGUAUAUAUUACUUCAUGAUUUUUUGUUGG